GCUGCGGCCAUGAUGAGCUUCGGCGGCGCGGAUGCGCUGCUGGGCGCCCCGUUCGCGCCGCUGCACUACGCGCUGGGCCGCAAGGGCGGCGCGGGCGGCUCGCGCUCCGCGGCCGGCUCCUCCAGCGGCUUCCACUCGUGGGCGCGGACAUCCGUGAGCUCCGUGUCGGCCUCGCCUAGCCGCUUCCGCGGGGCGGGCGCCGCCUCGAGCACCGACUCGCUCGACACGCUGAGCAACGGGCCGGAGGGCUGCAUGGUGGUGGCGCGCAGCGAGAAGGAGCAGCUGCAGGCGCUCAACGACCGCUUCGCGGGCUACAUCGACAAGGUGCGGCAGCUCGAGGCGCACAACCGCAGCCUGGAGGGCGAGGCGGCGGCGCUGCGGCAGCAGCAGGCGGGCCGCGCCGCCAUGGGCGAGCUGUACGAGCGCGAGGUGCGCGAGAUGCGCGGCGCCGUGCUGCGCCUGGGCGCGGCGCGCGGCCAGCUGCGCCUGGAGCAAGAGCACCUGCUGGAGGACAUCGCGCACGUGCGCCAGCGCCUCGACGACGAGGCCCGGCAGCGCGAGGAGGCCGAGGCGGCGGCGCGCGCCCUGGCGCGCUUCGCGCAGGAGGCCGAGGCGGCGCGGGUCGAGCUGCAGAAGAAGGCCCAGGCGCUGCAGGAGGAGUGCGGCUACCUGCGGCGCCACCACCAGGAGGAGGUCGGCGAGCUGCUCGGGCAGAUCCAGGGCUGCGGCGCCGCGCAGGCGCAAGCGCAGGCCGAGGCGCGCGACGCCCUCAAGUGCGACGUGACGUCGGCGCUGCGCGAGAUCCGCGCGCAGCUCGAAGGCCACGCGGUGCACAGCACGCUGCAGUCCGAGGAGUGGUUCCGAGUGAGGUUGGACCGACUGUCAGAGGCAGCCAAGGUCAACACAGAUGCCAUGCGCUCAGCACAGGAGGAAAUAACUGAGUAUCGGCGUCAGCUCCAGGCCAGGACCACAGAGCUAGAGGCACUGAAAAGCACCAAGGAUUCACUGGAGAGGCAGCGCUCUGAGCUGGAGGACCGUCAUCAGGCUGACAUUGUGUCCUACCAGGAAGCCAUUCAGCAGCUGGACACGGAGCUGAGGAACACCAAGUGGGAGAUGGCGACCCAGCUCCGAGAGUACCAGGACCUGCUCAACGUCAAGAUGGCCCUGGAUAUUGAAAUUGCUGCUUAUAGAAAACUCCUGGAAGGCGAAGAGUGUCGGAUCGGCUUUGGCCCGAGUCCUUUCUCUCUUGUAGAGGGACUCCCGAAAAUUCCCUCCACGUCCACUCACAUAAAAGUCAAGAGCGAAGAGAAGAUCAAGGUGGUAGAAAAGUCAGAGAAGGAAACAGUGAUUGUGGCGGAACAGACAGAAGAGAUCCAAGUGACUGAAGAAGUGACUGAAGAAGAAGAGAAAGAGGAGAAAGAAGGGGGAGAAGAGGAGGAAGCAGAAGAGGGUGAAGAAGAAGCAAAGUCUCCCCAAGCAGAAGAAGCUGCAUCUCCAGAAAAGGAGGCCAAGUCCCCAGUGAAGGAAGAAGCAAAGUCUCCAGUGGAGGCCAAGUCCCCGGUGAAGGAAGAGGCCAAGUCACCAGAGAAGGUCAAGUCCCCGGUGAAGGAAGAAGCAAAGUCUCCAGUGGAGGCCAAGUCCCCAGUGAAGGAAGAGGCCAAGUCACCAGAGAAGGCCAAGUCCCCUGUGAAGGAAGAAGCAAAGUCUCCAGUGGAGGCCAAGUCCCCGGUGAAGGAAGAGGCCAAGUCACCAGAGAAGGCCAAGUCCCCGGUGAAGGAAGAAGCAAAGUCUCCAGUGGAGGCCAAGUCCCCAGUGAAGGAAGAGGCCAAGUCACCAGCUGAGGUGAAAUCCCCUGAGAAGGCCAAGUCUCCAGUGAAGGAGGAGGCUAAGUCACCAGUGGAGGCCAAGUCACCAGAGAAGGCCAAGUCCCCAGUGAAGGAAGAGGCCAAGUCUCCAGCUGAGGUCAAGUCUCCUGAGAAAGCCAAAUCCCCAGAGAAGGAAGAAGCAAAGUCCCCAGAGGUCAAGUCCCCAGUGAAAGAAGAGGCUAAGUCACCAGCUGAAGUGAAAUCCCCUGAGAAGGCCAAGAGUCCAGUGAAGGAGGAGGCUAAGUCCCCAGAGAAGGCCAAGUCCCCAGUGAAGGAGGAAACUAAGUCUCCAGAGAAGGCUAAGUCCCCAGUGAAGGAAGAGGCAAAGUCCCCUGAGAAGGCCAAGACUGUGGAUGUGAAGUCUCCAGAAGCUAAGACUCCAAUAAAGGAGGGAGCCAGAUCUCCUGCAGAUGUCAAAUCCAAAAGCCCUGUCAAGGAAGAGGCCAAGUCCCCUGUGAAGGAGGAGGGGAAAGCCAAAGAGCCCCCAAAGAAGGUGGAGGAAGAGAAGACUCCAGCCAUGCCAAAAACCGAAGAAAAGGACAGCAAGAAAGAUGAGAGGCCCAAGAAGGAAGCUCCAAAGGCUGAGGAGAAGAAGGAAGCUGCUGUGGAAAAACCCAAGGAAUCCAAAGUGGAAGCCAAGAAGGAAGAGGCUGGAGAUAAGAAAAAAGCAGUGACCCCAGAGAAGGAGGCUCCCGCUAAAGUGGGGACAAAGGAAGAGGCUGAACCCAAAGAGAAGACAGAGGUGGCCAAGAAGGAGCCAGAAGAGGCCAAGGCCAAAGAACCCAGCAAGCCAGCAGAGAAGGAACCGGAAAAGCCAAAGAAGGAAGAGACAGCAGCACCAGAGAAGAAGGACACCAAGGAAGAGAAGCCCACAGAGGCCAAGAAGCCUGAGGAGAAAUCCAAAAUGGAGGCCAAGGCCAAGGAGGAUGACAAGAGCCUUUCCAAAGAGCCCAGCAAGGAGGCCCCCACGCCCAGCAAACCCAAGAUGGAAAAGGCUGAAAAAUCCUCUAGCACGGACCAAAAAGACAGCAAGCCUCCAGAGAAGGCUGCCGAGGACAAGGUCACCACGGGGGAGAAGUAA